AUGAGUUCUGCCGUCGAUACCCCUAAAGAUGCAGCAGCAGCAGCACCAGCCCCUGCUGCUGCAGCAAACUCCCUACAAGUCAAGCGGGAAGAUGCGUUAGCAGCAGCAGCAGCAGCAGCAGCAAGUGACACUGCUGCUGCUCUUUCUGGUGAUGAGAAAGCGCCAGCAGCAGCAAAGGCAGCAGAAGCCGCAGCAGCAGAGGCUGCGUCAGCAGCAGCAGCAGCGACGGACCGAACAGCAGCAACGGAAACUCCAAGAGACCAAGCAGCAGCAGCAGCAGCAGCAGCAGCAGCAGCAGCAGCAGCAGCAGAUGCGCGUGCUGCUGUGAGCCCCCGUAGGGGCGAGGCGCCUGGGGCAGGCGUAGCAGCAGCGAAGGCAGAGGCCGCAGCAGCAGCAGCGGCAGCAGCAGCAGCAGCAGCAGCUGCUGCUGCUGCUGCUGAAGAAGCAGCCUACAGCCGGGGGGCUUCCGUCGAAACGGACGCUGGCGCUGCCGAGUUGGAAGCAGCAGCAGCAGCUGCUGCUGUGCCGGCAGCCGCAGAACCAGCAGCAGCAGCAGCAGCAGCAGCAGAGGAAGCGCCGGCGCACUUGCUGCGGACUGCCCUAUCCGAGCCCAGCAAGCGCAGCAGCAGCAGCAGCAGCAGCAGCAGCAGCAGCAGCAGCAGCCUGCGCAUGGCGCCCCGUCGUGCGCCGCCACCCGGGUCCACCUGCAGCGACGCGGAGCCUUGCAGCAGCAGCAGCAGCAGCAGCAGCAGCAGCAGCAGCAGCAGCAUAGUGGGUCGGCGCCGCACGAGCAGCAACCGCGGGAGCAGCAGCAGCACGAGCCGGCUGCUGCAGCAGCACGGCUUCCGCAGCAGCCCUCUCUCCCCCCUCCUCCCC